AUGAAAAAUAAUGAGGGAGAAAUCUCAAUUCCCCUCAGUGUAAUUAUUUCAAAUGAUAAUAGUGCCGAAGAUUAUAUUGAUAAUAAUGAAUUAGAUAAUAUAAAUAUAGAAAAUAACAAUAGUAUAAUUACUAAUGACAAUAAUAAUGACAGUAAUAAUGACAGUAAUAAUGACAGUAAUAAUGACAAUAAUAAUGACAAUAAUAACGAGAAUAAACUAAAUAAAAAUAAAGUACCAACUUUUGCAUAUGUUAUAUUAGCAAUUGCAUUACUAACAAUGUCAUCAUCUGGCACAUUUCUAAGAUCAAUUAAUGUACCACCACUAUUAAAAGCUUCAUGGCGUUUACAAAGCACAUCAGUUUUAUUAUUUUUUGGCUUUGUUUAUGAAAUUGUAAUAAUUUAUGACUAUCAUAUUAAAAUACUCCAAAAGAUACCACCAACUAUAAUUAAUAAAUUACCACAGUUUUUAAAAAAUAAAUUAAAUAAUUUAAAUAAUUUUAAUCAAUUGGGUGAUGAAGAAACUUUACAAAAUCAAAUAAAUCAAGAAAAUAACAAUAACGAUAAUAGCAAUAAUAAGAGUACAGAUAAUAAUAACGAUUUUAAUAAAGAAGAAAUUAAAUUAAAAUUAUUUCAACCUAAAACAAUUAUUCUCUUACUAUCAACUGGGUUUAUAUUGUCAAUACAUUUCGCACUUUGGAUCACUUCCCUAGAUGAAACAACACUAUCACAUAGUUUAUUAUUUGUAACAUCAUCCCCAUUAAUGGUAGUCAUUGUAAUGUUAGUUAGAAGAAUACCAAUUUCAAAAGGAGAGGUAAUAGGGUGUGUUUUGGGUUUUGUAGGUUUAAUUGUAACUUUAUUCGACUCAUUAUUUUUAAAUGAAAGGGAUCAAGAUAAUAGUGCCAGUAACAGUAUCAGCAGUAGCAUCGAAGGAAAUAAUGCAAAGGGCCAAACUCCAACAUUUUAUGGUGAUAUGUUAGCUUUACUUGGUGCAGUUUGUCUAGUAUUUUACUUAUUUGCAGGUUCUCAUUUAAGAAAGUGGAUGCCUAUCUUUUGUUAUGCCUUUACUGUGACAUUUAGUGCAUCUGUAUUUUUAACUUUAGGCUCAUUAAUUUUCGAAAAUAGACAAGGUAAUGGUAUAUUUGGUUGGUUAUCAUCAUCAUUCAUAUUAGUAGCACUAUAUAUAGCAUUUGGUCCAGGGUUUUUAGGACACACAGGUAUGAAUUAUGUUGUUAAAUAUAUUGAACCUGUUGUUAUUAGUGUAACAUUGCUAUUAGAGCCACCUAUUGGUACCGUUAUUGGUUAUAUCGGUGGGGUUGCUGGAGAAUUGCCAUCGUUAUAUACUUACUUGGGUGGUGUUUUAAUUUUGGGUGGAUGUUCUAUUUGUACAAUAUCAUCUCAUUUAAAAAAUAAAAAUAAAAAAUAA